GCGCGCCGCUGCCGCUGCGGGGCCAGUUGGGACGGAGACAAGAUGGCGCUGCGAGCGAUGCGAGGGAUCGUGAACGGGGCCGCACCCGAGUUACCUAUGCCUACCAGUGGGCCAGUGGUGGGCUCUCGGGAGCAAGCGCUAGCAGUGAGCCGGAACUACUGCUCCCAGCCUCGUCUCACAUACAAGACAGUUUCUGGAGUCAAUGGUCCACUAGUGAUCUUAGAUCAAGUUAAGUUUCCCAGGUAUGCUGAGAUUGUUCACUUGACAUUACCAGAUGGCAUAAAGAGAAGUGGGCAAGUUCUUGAAGUGAGUGGUUCCAAAGCAGUUGUUCAGGUAUUCGAAGGGACUUCAGGUAUAGAUGCCAAGAAAACGUCCUGUGAAUUUACUGGAGAUAUUCUUCGAACGCCAGUAUCUGAAGAUAUGCUUGGUCGAGUAUUCAAUGGAUCAGGAAAACCCAUUGACAGAGGUCCUGCUGUACUGGCUGAAGACUUUCUUGACAUCAUGGGCCAACCAAUCAAUCCGGAGGGUCGAAUCUACCCAGAGGAGAUGAUUCAGACUGGCAUAUCAGCCAUAGAUGGAAUGAACAGCAUUGCUCGGGGACAGAAGAUACCUAUCUUCUCUGCUGCUGGCUUACCACACAAUGAGAUUGCAGCUCAAAUCUGUCGCCAAGCUGGUUUGGUAAAGAAAUCCAAAGACGUAGUGGAUUAUAGUGAGGAAAAUUUUGCAAUUGUGUUUGCUGCUAUGGGUGUAAACAUGGAAACUGCCCGGUUCUUCAAAUCUGACUUUGAAGAAAAUGGCUCAAUGGACAAUGUCUGCCUCUUUUUGAAUUUGGCCAAUGACCCAACUAUUGAGCGAAUUAUCACUCCCCGCUUGGCUCUAACCACAGCCGAAUUUCUGGCCUAUCAAUGUGAGAAACAUGUAUUGGUCAUCCUAACGGACAUGAGUUCUUAUGCUGAAGCACUUCGAGAGGUUUCAGCAGCCCGGGAAGAGGUUCCUGGUCGACGAGGUUUCCCAGGUUACAUGUAUACCGAUUUGGCCACAAUCUACGAGCGUGCUGGUCGAGUAGAAGGCAGAAAUGGUUCUAUUACCCAAAUCCCUAUUCUCACCAUGCCUAACGAUGAUAUCACACACCCCAUCCCGGAUUUGACUGGAUAUAUUACAGAGGGGCAGAUCUAUGUGGACAGACAGCUGCACAACAGACAGAUUUACCCACCUAUUAAUGUGCUCCCCUCACUAUCACGGUUAAUGAAGUCUGCUAUUGGGGAAGGUAUGACCAGAAAAGAUCAUGCUGAUGUAUCUAACCAGCUGUAUGCCUGCUAUGCAAUUGGUAAGGAUGUACAAGCCAUGAAAGCUGUAGUUGGAGAAGAAGCUCUUACCUCAGAUGAUCUUCUUUACUUGGAAUUUCUGCAGAAGUUUGAGAGGAACUUCAUUGCUCAAGGUCCAUAUGAAAAUCGUACUGUCUUCGAGACUUUGGACAUUGGCUGGCAACUUCUCCGAAUUUUCCCCAAAGAAAUGCUGAAGAGAAUCCCUCAGAGCACCCUGAGCGAAUUUUACCCUCGAGACUCGGCAAAGCAUUAGCUGCUACUUUCCUGAUUGACUGUUGUGAAAUACUGGUUCUGUUUUCUUUAUUCCUUUUACACCCCCAUCCCCAUCUUUGUGUUGGAGUUUACUGUGUUACCCUGUAAUUAAAAACAAUGAAUAGGUAACAUUGUGCUAGUGUUGCAAUGUUUUAAAUAACAGAGUUUAAAAUAUCCCUUGUUCACAAACUUGUAUUUUCAAAUUAAAAGAAAAAGAAAACCUGUUUUGCACUAUGACAUGUUAACAGAGGGUAUAAGUUCAUAAAGUUUUUGCUAGGAUACUGAAGGCAAAGUGGGAAGGAGAAAGGUCUUUGUAUAGAUAUUUUAAAUUCUGUUAGACAGCAGCCUUUGGAAAUUGCCCUAUUUGGUCUUGCUUUCCUGGCCUAUCUGCUUUUUCAGGUAGUAUUGUGACACAAGUGAUAGCAUUGAGAAGCUUUAUAUUUAAAUCAUGCUCCAUCUUGUUAUGAACCUUAAGCUGUCUUCUCUGCUCUCCUGCGGUCCAUACUGAUAUGUCUCCUUGUGUUGUUACUUGAAUGCAGUAGCCACUUCUCUACUCUGUGCAUUCCAUCUUUGAAGUUGUGUGAAAUUCUUCACUUUCUUCUCUUAGGGGUGGGGAUGGUGUCAGCAUGAUUAUAUUUUAAUGUGAAAAUGUGACAUCUGGAUAUAAAAUUAAAAUAAACAAAUUAAAUCGAAA